AUGGUGAAAGAAGAAAUCAAGAUUCUGGUUCUCAUAAUCGGUGCAGGACCAGCCGGUUUAGCCACAUCAGCUUGUCUAAACCGGUUGUACAUACCGAACAUAGUGGUCGAAAGAGAAGAUUGCAGUGCCUCUCUCUGGAAAACAAGGUCUUACGAUCGUCUCAGUCUCCAUCUCGCAAAGCAAUUCUGUCAACUCCCUCACAUGCCAUUCCCCUCAAACACUCCUACAUUCGUCUCUAAGCUAGGUUUCAUCAGUUACCUUGACGAAUACGUCACACGUUUCAACGUAAACCCUAGGUAUAACCGCAACGUGAAAUCCGCGCACUAUAAAGAUGGUCGUUGGAUCGUUGAGGUGGAUAAUGAAACAGAGAUGUCGAGAGAAGUUUACUUGGCGAACUAUGUGGUUGCUGCGACGGGAGAGAACGGCGAAGGUGUGAUCCCGGAGAUUCCGGGGCUUGUAGAGAGGUUUAAAGGAGAGUACUUGCAUUCAAGUGAAUACAAGAACGGUGAUAAGUUCGCCGGAAAAGAUGUUUUAGUCGUCGGAUGUGGGAAUUCCGGUAUGGAGAUUGCUUAUGAACUGUCUAAGUGCAGCGCUAAGAUCUCCAUCGUUGUUCGUAGCCCCGUGCACGUGUUAACGAGAUGUAUCGUACGGAUAGGAAUGUCGUUGCUCAGUUUUUUCCCGGUAAAAUUAGUUGACCGUUUGUGUCUCUUACUCGCGGAGGUGAGGUUUGGUAAUACUUCGAGAUAUGGGCUUGUGAGACCCAAGAACGGCCCGUUUAUGAACAAGCUUAUCACCGGUCGGUCACCUACCAUCGACGUCGGCUGCGUCGAAGAGAUUAAGUCCGGCAAGGUUCAGGUUGUGCCGUCUAUUAAGCGUAUAGAAGGGAAGAGAGUGGAGUUUGUAGAUGGAAAGACCAAACACAUAGACUCUAUUGUGUUUGCAACUGGUUACAAAAGCAGCGUUUCAAAAUGGCUUCAGGUUGAUGAUGGAGAUCUGUUCAACGAGAAUGGGAUGCCAAAACGCGAGUUCCCGUGUCACUGGAAGGGGAAGAAUGGGUUGUACAGUGUUGGGUUUGGGAGACAAGGCUUGGCUGGUAUUUCAAGAGAUGCUCAGAACAUUGCUAGAGACAUUGCUUCUCUGGUUUGUUGGAGAAACAAGAACAAGAUGUCCUAAUAAAAUUAGAAGUUGUUUUUGAGAUUUUUACAUGUCAAAAUCACAAUUAUUGAUUCAUAACAAGUGAGAAAGAAGAUAACAUUAUUGAUGACACAUUGGUGGAUCAAAUCGUCAGAGACCAUUGGCAUGAGAGCUAUUUCCAUUGUGGCCAGAGUUUGUCAGAAUCUCAUGACUUUGUUUCGCCAAGAGCGUUCCUGAGGUUUGAGUACUUGUUUUCGAGCUCAUACCAUGAAUCCAAGUCCACCAAGCGGUUAAACUCCUCGAAAGUAAUCAUCUUUUCUAAGUGAUCUUUGGUGGUUCCCUUUUCCUUGAGAAUCUUGAGAA